CAGCAAAAGAAGGCAGAUUUAGCAGAAGUAUAAAAGGAACGGUACACUUCGCAAGGCAAGAAAAGGUACAUUACAUUGACAAUCGUCAGGACAAAGAGAUCAAGAUGCCAGUGUCAAUGCAACCUACAUCAGGACCUUCCUGUUUUGACAGGGUGAAGAUGGGUUUUAUGAUCGGUUUCUGUGUUGGGAUGGGGUCAGGUGCACUCUUCGGUGGAUUUUCAGCUUUAAGAUACGGUCUUCGUGGUCGGGAGCUGAUGAAUACAGUAGGCAAGAGCAUGGUGCAGGGAGGGGGAACGUUUGGACUCUUCAUGUCAAUUGGAACAGGAAUACGAUGCUGAUAUAUGAGGAAUUAUCUUGAAAGGACUCUUAAAAUCAUGAACUGAUCACAAAUAGGAUGUCAUUCAUCAAGGAACUGACCUCGAGUUUUGAACAAUGAUACUGCGGUUGUGAGACUAAGUCUAACUCUCCUCCAGUGUAUUGGAUUUGGUGGAUAUUCAAUUGUGAGAUUGAUUUAACAAGCAUUUCUUUCCUCAUUGUUGAACAUAUCAAAUUGAUUUAUUUGUGUAAUUUCCCAUGACUGAUUUACAGUUAUGGGUCUCUUAUAUUUAUACAUGUACACUUUAAUCAUUCAUAAUUUUGAUGUACAAAUAUUUUCAUGUGUUAAAAUCUUACCAAUACAGAGAACAACAAAAAAAUUGCACUUUUUUGUUGUUGUUUUUUCUUCUUCCAGAGUAAGUGCUGCUUCAAGGUGAUGAAGAUAAUAUAGGACUCUACUUGAAGGGUACAUCCACCCCCCCCCCCAAAAAAAAAAAAAAACAUUGAUCUCACAGUGAAGAGAACCAGCAGAAUUAGCUUGGUUUUUUUCUGUAGGUGUGAUGAUGCCAAAAGGAAAACCAUGCUUAUCAACAUAUUGACGGAUAGCUCAACUCAGACACAAAAUUUUGAUAGGCUUUUGUUUGGCUUCACCUCUUCCUUGCAUGUGGAAAAGAAGAGUUAAAAAACUUAAUCUCCUUUUCGGGAUUGUUAGUGGAUUAUAGGUAAGAAUGUCUAGGGAAUUUGCUCCACAUUUUUUUGAAGCUGCUACACAAAAAGUCUUUAGCGUAUCAGAUUUUUACAUAGGACCGUAAGGAACUCGGUUAGAGCUUUUAUACUGCAACCAAAAAUGCUAAUCAACUUUAUUUUAUAAUAAGCACAAUAAUUCCCUCAAUUCCUCUUAUUUGAAAAGGGUAUGAGUAAGAAUGCUAAGUUAAAUGUGAUAUUGUAUGCACAACAUUGUCAGCGUAUCACAUAAUGAAAGGCAAGAAUACAAUUACUUUGCGGAGAAUGUGUUUGUUUUAUUUUUACCAUGCAAAAUGAUAUCACAUGUACAAGAAAAGAGUGUACUGUUCACUUUGCAGAAAGAAUACAUAGUAGGGACAAUGCAUGAAUAAAACUGAAGUGCAAAUUUCAUUCAAUAACAUAGUAGAUGAUAGCAUUUAUAAUUUCAUUAUAUGAACAGAACCACCAACUUUUUAUACCAAUACAUUGAAAUAUUAAAUGCCACAAUAGUAUAUUAAGAUCAUAAAUAUGUGUAUUCAUGGUACAGGCAAAGUUGAUUGAAUCCAAUGAGCGCUUUACCUUGUCUUCAGCACCUUGUCGAGCGGUACUGGCACAGAAAUGUAGUGAGCAUUAUGAGGCCUCUGUUACAACCCCGGUAAUGUAGCAAUGAUGCCUAAUGUCUCAACAACGCAUUUGACAUCACAAUCCAAAAGAUGUAACUAGGCCUACAUAGUACUCUGUUAGCACUAAGGUUUCUGUGCGGCGGGUACUGACGGUUAAUGCAGUGCGCGAGAGGACUUUUCCACUGUUACAUGUAGCUUGCAGCACUGGGCACAUUAACACACAGUGUAGGUUCCAUUCAUUCUUCACAGCAUAGGUUGAAGCUGAGAACUUUUUUUUACCAACUGAAAACACCCUCUAACACCUUUGUUUAAAUCUUGGCUAAUAACUUAAUUGAAAUGUUGCCUCCAAAAGAUCAGUUGUUCGCCUGUAAUACUUUUCGCCAGGAGGCUAAUGCAUUACAGUCAGGAUGCACUUUGCAAUAUUCUGAUUAUAUUACAUGGUAUACAUGUGUAAAAUAAAACUUUAAAAUCCAUAUCGCAAAUAAAGCUUCAUUUAUAUGCUA